CCACAAUUUGUGUCAAAGGGUGAGUGCAGCGACGAUCUCGCGCGGUGAGGUGCGGCGAGGCUGGUGGUCAUGACAUGUGGCAUUGGAUGAUCGAACGGCAAAGAAAUCAGAGACCCAUUUCACGCGUGGCCGCUUCCCUACCCCAUGCAGUUCUGCAAACUCUCAAUUCCCCUGAUCCUCUCUCUUCAACUAAGUCACGGCUUCAUUUCCAUCUCCAUUCUAGGGUUUUAAAUUUUAUUCCUCAGAGACCGGUGAUCUUCCUUUGAUCUCGACCAGCGACGACGGACGAGCGACCAGUUUCGUGCGACCUCGACGGAGCAGCGACCAUCUCCAUUCUAGGGUUUUUUUUUUCUUCCUCAGAGAGACCAGCGACCUUGACGGACCAGCGACCAAAACUUCCUGCAUGGUGUAAGGAAAAAAAGAAAGAAAGAAAGAAAGAAAGAAAGAAAAUAGCUUAAAAAUCAUUCUGACCAUGUUGUUGCUCUGCUUGGGUCUCUAAACAAACAGCGAGAAAGAAUAUAGAGGAAAGUGAGCGUGAGGGUUUCACGCCAAAAGCCUAAAGUCUAAAGGGCCAUAGACCCUAAAGCCUUUUAGGCAUCACUUCCAUCUCUAAUCACUAUCUCUCCAAGUAUUCUUCAACAUGAGUGCUCAAGAUUCAGCUAGUUAUGACGAAGAUGAAGUGAUGGAGGAAGAGGAGGAGAAGGAAGAGGAGAUGGAGGAGGCGAAAGCUCCCAUCUCAAAAUCUCGUAAAAAAGCAGGGGAGCAUAUGGAGCAAUUACAAAGGCUUCAAGAAAAGGACCCGGAAUUCUAUGAAUUCUUGAAAGUGCAUGAUAAGGAGCUUCUAGAAUUCGAGGAUGACAUUGAUCAAGAUACUGAAACUGAUGUGGAUGAACUGCAAGAAAAUGCUGAAACUGACAUGCAUGACAAAGAGCAUCAGGCUGGUGUUGGAAGGAUUGUACAGGAACCAACAAAGAAUGUAAUUACAAUGGCAACCGUUGAUUCCUGGUGUAGCGCAAUCAAAGAAAACAGCAAGCUAAGCGCUGUCCGUUCACUUAUGCGAGCUUUUAGGACUGCUUGUCAUCAUGGUGAUGAUGGGGGAGACGAGCCUUCAUCAAAAUUUAGCAUCCUGUCUAGUAGUGUCUUCAAUAAAAUCAUGCUGUUUGUUCUAAAUGAGAUGGAUGCAAUUCUUCGCCGAUUGUUGAAAUUUCCUGCUUCUGGUGGAAAGAAAGAAUCCAUAAUAAAUUUGAAGAGCACCAGACAAUGGAAAAAUCAUGGCAAUUUAGUGAAGUCAUAUCUUGGAAACGCCCUCCAUGUGUUGAAUCAAAUGACAGACACAGAAAUGAUCUCAUUCACUUUAAGGCGUCUUAGAUACUCAUCUGUAUUUUUGGCUGCCUUCCCAAGCUUCUUGAGGAAGUACAUUAAGGUCACUCUUCACUUUUGGGGUACUGGGGGUGGUGCCCUUCCAGUUGUCUCUUUUCUGUUUAUAAGAGAUUUGUGCAUUCGGCUAGGAGCAGAUUGUCUGGAUGAGUUCUUUAAAGGAGUAUACAAGGGCUAUGUUUUGAACUGCCAGUCUGUAAAUGCAAUGAAGUUGCAACAUCUUCAAUUUCUUGCAAACUGCGUCACUGAAUUAUGUGGAGUGGACCUACCAACUGCAUACCAACAUGCCUUUGUAUUCAUUCGACAGUUGGCUAUGAUUUUGCGGGAAGCACUUAAUAUGAAAACCAAGGAAUCAUAUAAGAAGGUAUAUGGAUGGAAGUUCAUGAGUUGCCUUGAGCUUUGGACUGGAGCUAUAUGUGCCUAUAGUUCUGAACCUGAUUUUCAACCUCUUGCAUACCCACUGACCCAAAUAAUUUCUGGGGUGGCUCGUAUGGUUCCAACUGCCCGUUACUUUCCGCUCAGGUUGAGAUGUGCUAGAAUGCUCAACAGGAUUGCAGCUUGUACUUGUACAUUUGUCCCAGUUUCGUUCCUCCUGCUGGAUAUGCUGGAGAUGAAAGAACUAAAUAGGCGCCCCACUGGAGGCGUUGGCAAAGCUGUUGAUCUGCGUACCCUACUGAAGGUCCAGAAGCCUGUAUUGAAGACACGUGCAUUUCAGGAGGCAUGUGUGUUCUCUGUCAUCGAAGAACUUGCUGAACAUUUAGCUCAGUGGAGCUAUUCCAUUGCUUUUUUUGAGUUGGCAUUUAUUCCAACUGUACGAUUGCGAAGCUUUUGCAAAACUACCAAAAUUGAGAGGUUUCGGCGAGAAAUUAGAGAACUUAUAUCUCAGAUCGAGGCUAAUGCUGAAUUUACAAAUGCAAGGCGUACAAAUGUUUCAUUUUUACCUAAUGAUCCUGCUGCAGCAGCAUUUCUUGAGGCUGAGAAGGAAUCAGGAGCCAGCCCUCUGUCACAAUAUGUUGUUACUCUGCGCCAAAAGGCACAGCAAAGAAGUGAUUCGAUGGUGGAAUCAAGUGUUAUUGUUGGAGCACACUCGUCUGUCUUCGACCGUAAGAAAUCAGAAUCUGAUGACGACGACGAUGUUCAAGAUAAAGAAGAAGGUGCUGCAGUAUUUAGCUCAUCAUCCUGGUUACCAGGAAGCAGUAUCAAGAGUGAAGAUCCAAAGCAGGUGAAGACAAAGAAAAGGAAGAGAGAACUGAAACAGCAAGAUGAAGUAGCUUUAGUGGAGGAUGUUGUGGGGGACUUGGUAUUAAGUUCAGAUGAAGAUGAUUCGAUAAGUGACACCGCUUUUGUAGAGGAAGAGGAAGAGGAAGAGGAUGAAUCAAGAUUGGUGUCUUCAAAACGGGGAACACAGAAACAGAAAUAUUUUAAGGAUUCAUCAUCAAAAAAUAAAGGACACUCCCAUGGCAAGAAGCCAAAGAAGAGGAAGAGAGCUAAACAGGCAAAGUAGCAGGUAGCAUACUAGCUUAACAGUAAGGGAAAGCAUGAGUGAAAGAUCAAAGGAAUGAUUUUUUGAAUCAUUGAGCAUAAAUGCAGUGAAAGUAAAGGUAACAAAACAAUCCCCAUCUCCUGGAUACAUUUGGCAAACCAGUGGUUCAAAUGGACACUUUUUCUUCACCUGAAGUGUAUCACAAGUGUUUUAACUUGUGGAAGUUUUGGACUCAUCUUCCAUUGCAAGACUAACUGGGUGGAUGGAAGUUUCCAACUUAAUUCGAAGAGGAAUAGGGUUGUGGAGGGAAAGGUUGAUCCAUUGUAACGUGUUAAAGUCCCAAAGGAUUGAUUCAUUGCCGAAACCAUGGGCACUUAUUCUCAUGAGCAAUUUUGUCAUGUAAUCUGCUGAAUAAUUUGCUUCUCUAUGAGCAUAGAUAAUGUUGAACAAUUUUGUCAUGCAUGA